AGUUCAGAACCAGAUCUGAUAAAGAAGGGAAAUUCUGUAGAAUUGCUUUGUGUCAUUUCCCCAUUUUGUGGAUGAUGGCAUGUUUAGAAGCUGUAUAAGUAGCCUGUGAUUCCAUGGUGAAGGCAAGUUGUUGCUGGCUGAUUCAGGAAACAGAUCCUUCUGCAUCAGUUUUCAAAUCUGCAUCAUCUCAUCACCUCGUCAUGAAGCUGCUGGCUGUGUGUGUCCUGGUCGUCUCUGUGAUGGCUCAGACCAGAGCUGACCCUGAACCAGAUGAUGGCUCCACCGAUCCAGAAGUUGACUUGGUCCAGAGAUCUUCUUGUCCUCCUGGCUGGUCUCCAAUCAAGAAUCGCUGCUUUCGCUAUGUUUCCAAACCCAUGACUUGGGCUAGAGCUGAGAGACACUGUCUGUCCAUGGGAGCAAACCUGGCAUCAGUUCAUGACACAAACGAGUACCAUCAGGUUCAGUCUGUGAUAAAAAUGGCAACCUAUGGGUCCGAAGUGACAUGGAUUGGAGGCACUAACGCACAGGAGACAAGCAUUUGGUUUUGGAGCGAUGGAAGCCCUCUGCACUACACAAACUGGUGUCAUGGAGAGCCUAGUAAUUAUCAGGCCAGGCAGCAUUGUUUGCAGAUGAACUUUUCAGGUGAAAAAUGCUGGGAUGACUCGAGCUGUUCUAACCGUCGUCCUUCUGUCUGCGCCAAGGAUGUCUGAUCACAAAGAUGCUUAAAACAGAAUCCAGUGGAGAAUUGUUGCUACGUGUUUCUUUUAACCUGCCUUUU